UAUAGUACAGUGUGGCUUUAAAGGAUGCUCAUUCUGAUGUAAUGGAAGAGAUUAUCAAUGUCAUCCUUGACCUACCUUGACCUAAGCCUUCCGCACCAUCUGGGAGUUGUGUGAUGGCUUCUGCUUCAUGACCUCAAGCCAGAUCUUCCUAUCUUGUGACGUACUGGUCGCUUCUGCGAGGGAUCCCAGACAUCUAGUAGUACAAUCGGCCUUUACACAAUCAAGCCAUUUCUUGGCUAGUCUGCCCCGGGGACUAUCACCAUGAAUAUUAGAAGUUAAGAGUAUAUUUGGGUAUCGUGAUGGUCUCAUCCUGUUGACAUGGCCAAAGAAUCGCAGUCGUUUUUUGGCUAUCUUGUCCAGAAUGGUUUCAUCCAGUUUUAGAGUCUUCCGAAUUGUUGUGUUUCUUAUUUUAUCUAGUCUAGUUACACCCAAGAUUUUACGGAGGCAGAUCAUUUCGAAGGUUCUAAUACCAGGAGAUUAGGCCCACUCAUGGGCAGGACUCCCAGUGAGGAUGCCAAGAAACACUGACAGCGGUAGCAGCAACACCGGAAUAGUGACACGCUCAUCAGCAUCUCUCAUCGAAGGUGAUGUUGGAAACCACCUUCAGCUGACUGUUCCUUGUAAAGUGACGUUAGACAAACUUAGGCAAUCUUCAAAGAAGCUUGUAUUGAAGCAUGGCAGUGGGUACUACACUCUAACAAGAGGUGAAUCACUAAGAUACAGAAUUGAAGGAAUCAAAGUCCUGAGAACAAAAAAUCGAUCGAUGCCAACUGCAACUCAAAAAGGCGGGAGUAAAAUGAAUCGACCCGACCCCAGGGAUAAGGGGUAUCGCCACAUUCCUCAAUCCAGGGAAUCCGGCUUUUCAAACAAUUCCUAUGGAGACUACCAUAAGCAGGGUCAAUUUGAUGGGAGGUAUCCUGGUCCCUAUAGAAGCAGAGGACAAGAUAAUCGGUUUGAACAAAGAAGGCACUGGUCUCCGCGCGGCAAUUAUGGAAACCGAGGGAGCAGAGACCCGUAUGGCAGAGACUAUAAUAAUUCCAGGGAACAUUUUGGAAGGAGGGCAUCGUCUUAUCCUGACGAAGCUAUGGGGGAAAGGAGGAUAGCAUCUAGUGAAGGUAGAUUUGAGAGAUUUCCUCCAGGAGAUAGGGAAUCAUCACUUGGGUCACAAGAUCGCCCUGGGAGGUACCCUGAUCAACAUGCCGAGAAGAGGAGGCACCUGAGUGGUUCCAGUUUGGAUGAACAGUCUUCUAAAUCAUUAGCAUCAACGUACAGGAGAGCUGGCAUAGCUGAACAGAGCAAUCAUGCAGUAUCACUGAAUGCUUGUGAGAAAGAGGACUCUAAUCAAUCGAAUAAGGAACCCAAAGAGAAUGUAUUAAAUAACGACAGGACUACACUUACCCUUACCUCAUCAAAGGACAAGGCAGGCUCUCCUGCAGACUCACAAGGUCUUUCAAAUUCUCAUGAAAGCAAAGCAACCCAGAAAACUCCAACUGCGACAGCAAAGCCAAAUACUAAUAAGCAUAAAAAGAAAAUGGUAUUGACGAUGUCACAGCAGAUAGAAUCACUUAGGAGCUAUUCACCUAAGGCUAAUGUAGUAGAAAACAAGGAAAUGUCGGCCGAAAAUUCUGAAGAUGCUAAUGUAGAGACUUCAACAACUGGUAAUGGGGAAAAUCACAAAGGAAGCCCUCACCGAACUGAAAUUUCUAUACCAAAGCACAUAGAUGGGAAAAAGCCUUCAGCAAAAGGAACAGAGGCCACCAGUUCAUCAGGAGAAGCUGAAAGUGCAUCCACAAGUCCAAGGAGAGUCCACAGUGCCAGGAAGAGUGUUCCAUCAUCCAGUGUGAGCAGGACACAGAAAAGUGACAUGCUGAAGAAACAAGCUCUCUUGCGGUCACAAAGCGAUCAAAACCCACCAGCUGCCAGCAAUGCCUCAAGUAGACCUACUGCAAGGAUGGGUAUGAAAGAAACAAAAUCUGGUGAGAGAGACUCUGAUCAAGGAAGUCCCAUCGUUGUUGUGGAAGGAAAGGAUGCAUCGGUGCCUACAAAUGAUGAUACCUCAAGAAUAAAAGAGGUUUUUACACCACCCCCGGUUGACGACAUCGUAGUUCUAUCAGACACAGAGGACAACAUAAUAGAAAUAAGUUCACAAGACAAAGGUUCCACUAAGACAGGGACAGGUGAUGCCAAAACAUUGACACCAUCUCCGAGCAAUGCCAGCACAUCAGGUGGAAAUCUGACAAUGUCCUCUGAGCUACACUCCAAAGUUGAUGACAAGGCUUCAGCACAAAAGGUCACCUCUGAGGAAAGUGUACUCCAGAACAGUCAAGAUGUGGAGCAAGGAGAUAAAGUCCAGAAUAUGACAUCAGAUGAGGCAGCAACUUCUGAAACCAGGGAUGCUGUGAAGGUUGAUGACCCUAAGAGGAGUCUCGAUGUUGAGAAGAUAACAGGAAAGGGGCUGUUAAAGAUAACAGAGAAACUGAAGAAGAAUCUGUUAAAGGGAAAGGUUUCGCCUCAGACUUCAUCUCCCAGCAGCAGGGUAGGAUCACGAUCAAGCUCCAACAGUUCUGUGGAGAGUCCGAUUGACACUACUAAAGUGACUGACCAAGCAGACUCUCACCAGAGGGAAGUGGAUGACGGUUCUGUUGCCACUUCUACCUGUUUAGAAAUCCCCAACACUGAAGGUCAAGUGUCUUCAGGAAUCCCAGACACUGUGCCAAAAGUUGAUGGAAAGGAGGUCUGUGAAGACAAUAUUAUACAUGUACCAAAACUUAGUGCACCAUGUACAGGAAACAACAAUGUUGCAGACUGCAUAGCUGUGGACAUGAUGGAUGAUGAUAAACAAGCUUCACAAUCCGAUGAUCUUCAUUGCAUAGGUGGGGACACCCAGCCCUUUCUAGUUUCCACUGAACCUGCAGCCGAUGACACUGACCAUAUAUGCAAUGAUGUCUUAGAUGACUCCUCUAAGAUAACUUCUCCUCCUGAGAAAUCUGAUUAUGUAAAUAGCCCUGUUGUAGGUGAUGAAAUUCUUCAAACGGCUAGUUCCCUUCCCAAGCAAUCUGAAGAAGCAUCCAAAAAAGAUGAUUCAACCCUUGCCAAGGUUGGUGACUCGGUCGGAGACGUUGAAGACCUGAGUGAUGGUAGCGUUGACUUAGGACCUCAUGAACCUGGUGAUAUGGACUCUGUCGAUGAUGACCUUCUCUUGGAGGAUGAGCCUGUUAUGAUCUCUGAACUGUACAACCCAGAACCAGAAAAGAUGGACACCUCUGAAACCCCAGAACCACAGGAUUCUCAGGUCUCUGAACUCCCAGAAUCACAGGAGGUCUCUGAGGUCUCUGAACUGGCCAUAGCUCGGGUAGAGUCCCAGAGUGAAGAUGUGCUUCAGCAGGUAGUCUCAGAUCAGCCUUCCUCCUCCUCGAAGCGGACCUUGACAGAAGAUAGCGAGGAUGCUGAGGAAGGGCCGGUCUCUAAGAAGAGUCGCACAGAAACUGCAGAUAUCAUCGAAGGUAUCGAGAUUCCGGGCACUGGAGAAACUGCAGACUCGGAUGCAAAUAAGAAACCUGUCAUCUUUACCCACAGUGAGUGGAAGGAGUUUGCUCAGUCAAUCAAGGAAAAGUAUGAGAAGUUAGUCCAGACCUUCAACCAGAAGACUAACGUCAUGUACGAAGCCCAGGCCCACUGGCAGCAGGAAACCGUCACCUGGAAAAAGAACUAUGAAGAGCUGGAAUGCAAGUAUGAAAAUCUUGCCCUCCAGGUGAAGGAGAAGUCUGUGGCUGAGAAGCAGAACGUUGGGUCACAGACGACUUUUACGCAUAAAACCAAGCUCUCACGGAAGAAGAAAGGGGGAACCCGCCAAGCACCCCAGGAAACGCCCUCCCAAGAAGAAGAAGCUAUGGAAACUGAACAGGGUACUACUAGUUCUUCCGAUGCGCCUGCAUCAUCAUCAGGACCACCACCAACUCAGACUACCUCAGACUGUUCACCUUCUGCUGCAGCAACAUCCUCAAGGUCUAACAGCGAUCCUGUCUCUCCUGGAACUCUUAAACCAACAAACCUGGAAUCCAAGAGAAAGGUCUUCAAAGCUACGCUAAACAAGGUCAUGCAGAGACAAAAGAACUUAUCUGGAGCAAGUGAAGCUGGGACUUCAUCUGACGCUCCCUCCUCAGGAAAGUCCUCUCCGGUUGUAGCCUCACCAAUGAAGACAUCUACUACCAACGAGUCCACAGAAGAACCUGGUUCAUCCGAUGGUGCAACAGCCUUGACCCCAAAGACAAACCAAACAGUUAGUAGAGACUCCCCUAUGGACACCUCACAUGCUGGGAGUAAGACAACCGAUUCCCCUGCUGCUAAUACUACAUCCACUGAAUCAAUGUCAACGAAGGGACCAAAUGUUGCAAUCACUGCCUCAGGAACUGCCACUGCUGCAUCUAGACCACAAGAGACUAGUUCGUCCAAACCAACACCUUCUAACACAGGGAACGCUAACCUGUCUUCAGUUUCUAAAGCGACGUCUUCACAAGCCAUUCCAUCACCAUGCAAAUCACUUACCAGCACUGCAGGUGCUAUUCAUGCUGCAUCCCCCUCUAAGGCACAAUCAGAAUCCUCAGUGAAGACCAAUGUGCCUUCAGCCACCGAUUCAUCAAAGCUUCCUGGAUCACCCAAGCACUCCACAAACACUGCAUCCACAAAGGUGCCUGAAACAUCCAAAGACACUGGUCCUCAGACCAACAAGGACUCCUUGGUCAGCAAGCCAACCAAAUCUGUGCAGGUUCAGGAUGAACCGGAAGUAAUAGAUCUUACCGAUGAACCUGAUCCACCUGCCAAACCGUCUGCACCUAGUCCGCACAAACAACAGGAUGCACAGCCUGCCAGCAAGCACACAACACUGACCACUAGAUCGCCUCACGCACUUGUCAACUCACCUCCAGUUUCUUCACCAAAUACAGUAGUUUCAAGAGCAACAAGUGUUUCUGCAGGCAGCAGCAGUAUAACCGCACCUGCAGCUUCAGGGACAGUAUCAGCAAAUACAAGACAAGUGCAAAGUGGUACCCAAAUCUUGUUUCACAAAAUGCCACCCAGAGACCUGGCCAACGAUCACCUGCUGUACAACCCGCGUCGCAAACAAGGACUGGUUCCACCUCGAGGCAAAUACCGUCUCCUAAAAGAAGCUCCCCAGGUGUUCCACAAAGCGUCUCACCUCAGGGUAAUAAGCAAUCUUCAUCUGCUGCAAACCUUCAGCUCAGGAAUGUGAAUCCUCCAGUGGUGACCACUCUGCUGCAGGGUACUAACGUACGCCCUCAGGUGGUGAGCCUCCAGCAUGGCCCCAGACAGAACCAGAUCGCUCCUGCAGGU